GCCAUGAAGCUCACCUGGGACAUCAACGACCCCAAGCUGCCGCAGGAGCCCAAGCACUUCGAUGCCUUCCAGGAGUGGCCCGAUGGCUACGUGCGGCUCAUCUACUCGAGCGAGGAGAAGAACGCGCAGCGGCACCUCAGCGGCUGGGCCAUGCGCAACACCAACAACCACAACUGCCAGAUCCUCAAGAAGUCCUGCCUGGGAGUGGUGGUGUGUGCCCGGAGCUGUGCUCUGCCCGGCGGGGCCAGGCUGCAGCUCCGACCCGCCAUAUGCGACAAGGCUCGCCAGAAGCAACAAAAGAAAGCCUGCCCCAACUGUAACUCUGCCCUCGAGUUGAUUCCUUGCCGGGGACACAGCGGCUAUCCGGUCACAAACUUCUGGAGGCUUGAUGGCAAAGCAAUAUUUUUCCAGGCUAAAGGAGUCCAUGACCACCCCCGGCCAGAGAGUAAACUGGAGGCAGAGGCAAGAAGAAGUGCAAUUAAGAAGCAAAUGUCCUCUUACCACCACUCCCAGAAAAAGAGAUCUCUAAACUCAGAGGCAGGAAGGUACCAUGACAGCAGUGGUUACACCAAUAACCUACAGAAUUUUCACUGCAUGGAUGGCCCAGAACGAGUCGGUAUCUUCACAGACACCAAUUUUUCAAUUCCAGCCCAGUCCUACCCUUCUCUGCAGAGCACAGACCUCUACAAGGCACCUUAUGACUCAGCCAGCUUCCAAGAGGACCAGCUUUCACCAUACCCUAAAUGCCCAAAUCCUAGGAUCUACAUGCCCAGGCCGUGCAACUAUGAGUUUGGAGUUCCUACCUUUAUAAGCUCAAGUCCUUACCCACCAUUUUACAAAGAUCUGACCAGUCCAGCCAUUGAUGCAGACCCCCUCAGUCUGAACGGGCCUCACUACAACGCCGUGACCACCCACGAUAAGAGCUCUGAUAACCCUGGCAGACAUUACGGACUGAAACCAGCGCGGGGGAAAACCGGCAGCGGAGACCGGGGUGAGUACGGGCAGAUGCCAACAAGUGCUCCCCACCCUUACUACAGUGGGGACUAUCCCUGCAGGUACAGUCCCAGCCCCGCUCCCAUGGCCCCGCCGCUGCAGACGGUCAUCACCACCACCACCAAGGUGUCCUACCAGGCCUACAAGCCACCCACGCUGAAAUACAGCGACAACCUCUGCGAUAUGAAAAACCUCCAGAGCUACACCCAAGUGGCUGAAAAUGUCUCAGGUGCCAUCUAUUCAGGGAUGAAGAUUCAGGAAGACUUUGGGAUGAUAAAGUCAGCGUUGCUCUACCAGCACGACUCCAUCCCUACGAAAUCCAAACCGGCUGAGAGCAUGGAGAGCUAUCGGUAUGGGCUCCCUCUGGGGAACAGCUUUGCUGAGCAUGAAGGCCAGGCCCUGAGGUUUGAGAGUGCUGAAUACUGACAAAACGGUGCCUAAAUGGCAAAUACCUUCAGAUGGGAUAACAGAUUAUUGUGCUAAACCAGGUGGUUUGGGAUCUGAGGAGAUGUAAGGAAGCAGAACAUCAAGACAGCUUUUUUCCCUAAAGCAUUUUUCUGGAGCGGUGUGCUGAGUGAAUUAUAUUUUGCUAUCUAAUUUCAAAGAAGCCCCACACAAUCUCUAAAAUGGCACAAGGAACCGAGCCUAAAACACACCUGGAGAAAGUAAUAUGGAGGCACAGCUCCUCUGGAAGUCAGCAGCCUCCUCUGACACCAAGUGCAAUCCACAUGCAGCUACAACUCCUGCCAGAUGCCUUAAGCUUUUAGAGGAAAUACUCCAUCUGUAAGAAAGAAAAGACUAACCAGGUAAUGGAAAAAAAAGUAGGAAGGUAACUAUAGAUUAUAGUCAACUGAAGGAAAUGGCAGGGAAAGAAAGAAAUAAAAGAAAUGUGGAAGGGAAACAAUUUGCAGAAAUAAUUCCCCUGAAUGGUCCGUCCACCUGCCAUGAUCCUUGUGAUGAAUGGAAAGAUCAGCCAAGUUUCUCUGAAAUGAGAAAUGAAAAACCUGAGACAUAAGAAAUGAAACAUCCUAAAUUCAUGUUGCUUUUUGAUCCCCUGUAUCAAGGGUAGAGAUUACCCAGUCUUUCUAUGUAAGAAGGAGAGCCCAGUGCAGCUGCACCAGGAACUGAUGCCCUCUAACACUCAGCCUGGAGGCAGGAAGGCUCAGGUAGCCCUCACCAAGCCUGCUCAGCAUCACAUGGCUGCCAGAGUUAACUUAUGUGGUCCUGAAAACCAUUUACAGUGAAACUGGUUUUUGCUUAGAGGGGCCUCUGCAAGCUGGUCAGACCAAUUGGUUAUUGGUGCAGAAUUGUCUUUAACCACGAAUACAACUCAUCCUGCCUAAGGGUGCAACAUCCCAGCUGCUUUGUACAGGUCAGUGUCGAAUGAACAUUUCCUGGCUGCCUCUCUGCACUCCAUCUCCAUCAGGUCCUUCUCUUGAGGGACUUCUAGUCAUUUUUCUCUCUGUAAUCAUAGCUUCCCAUGACAGUAGUGCUUUGGAAAUUAAACAACCAGCCAACAGAGAGGUUAGAAAGUAAGAUCUCCAAACAGAGACGAGCAAAGAAAACAUAAGGAAAUUCAUUCCAAAAUUCAUCCCUAAACCGACUAAUUCUUAGUUAAUGUGGAAAGAAGAGAAAACAGAGCAGUACUGCUUUAAAACCAAAGAUAUUUUGAAAGCUGCCUAGUAUAGGGGAAUAGAACCCUUCACCCAAAAUAUGUGUGCCAAGUAAGGGAGCUAAGUAGACACGGGAGAUUGAUCAGGGUCAAAAAAUUAAGUUAGCAAGUAUCUUAAAUUUCUUGAACAAUAUUUUU